AUGUCAGCCUACGCGUUAAAAAACCGUAUUGCCGUUAUAACCGGUGGCGGUUCUGGCAUCAAUCUUGCUUUAACCCGACAGCUUCUCGAAGCAGGAUGUUCUGUUGUCGUCGCCGACGUGAGCCUCCGCCCCGAGGCCGAGACCGCAAUUGACGAAUAUCCCCACCCAGCAUCGGAAGCGGGUCGAGCCUCCGCCGUCUUCUGCAAGACAGACAUAUCCGACUGGACGCAAAUCACAGCGUCAUGGGAGACAGCACUCGAGAAAUUCGGCAGGAUCGACAUCGUCGUCAACGGUGCAGGAAUUUACGAGCCCCCAUCCAGUUCCUUUUGGAACCCGCCGGGCAUCUCGCCCCUCGCUCAGGACCCCGAAGACGCCAAAGUAGGCCAAUACAAGACCUUUGCUGUCAAUACCGUUGGCUCAAUCAGGCUGGCCCAGAUCGCCAUCGACUAUUGGCAGCAGCACCCUGCUGUCCAAGGAAACCUCCUGUGGGUUGCUAGCAUGGGUGGUUACAUGCAUUCUAUGCAAACUCCGCUCUACUUUGCAAGCAAAGCCGCCAUUGUCAGCAUGGUCAAAUCCCUGGCCGGGUUGAGAAAAGCUCUCGGUAUCCGCAAUGCGGCCGUCUGCCCAGCGGGGGUCUUCACACCCAUCUUCGAGCAAGAGUACUGUCGAGACAGACUACGACCCGGCGACGUGGCAUUAUCACCAAAAGACUGUGCCGACUUGAUGAUGCGUGUCUUGCAGGAGCCACAAUACGGUGAUGGGAACAUUGUAGAGAUUAUGAUGGUUGGGACAAAAGAGGAGCAGUCGAUCAGCGUGCGAGAAGUUGGAUUGGAGGCUUUGUAUCCGACCGUAAGGCCAAUCGAUCAAGGGACGCGCGCUAUGGCGGAGGAACUCAAGUUCUUCGAGAAGGUAUCAAAGGAAGGAAUGCGCACAGGGGCAGGGUCCACAAGUCAGUCAGAAAGCAAAUGA